AUGGGGCUCACCAAGUGUGCUUUGACUGGCCUGGUGUUUGUUAUGACUCAGGAGUCAGAGCUGUGGUACAGGACCACCAAAUGGGAUGAGAGCUUCCUUCAACCAGCUGGCAAGAUCCCUGCAGGGCCACUCUACGAUAUCAACUGUUCUGAUAAAGAGUCUGUCAGCUCCACCUCCCACACUGUUUUUAUCUCCAACUCGCACGUUCUGACACCUGUGUUGUCCAUUGAAGGCCUGCUGUCUGUCGUACACAUUUCCAAUGAUGGACUGGGCAUCCUUGAGCCGCUGAAGAUCACUGACACUCAUGUUGUGAAGGUCUCUGAUCUUUCUCCUUUUGGUCUGGUUUGGGACUACAUAAAGAGGUUCGUAAAGAGAAAAGAUCCAGUGGCAAGCCAAGUCCUGUUGUACCUCGGACCACAAAACCCUAGAGCACAGACCCAGAAGCUCUAUGUGUUUCUGCUGCCUAGGAACAUCUCAGAACAGGAGAUCAACAGUGACCUCAAAGACUGUACGUAUGUCCGGUCCGUUUACAGCUGCAAACUCAUCAAAGACCAGAGAUACACCCUGUCAUGUCCAAGAGCUUCACAGGACUAUAGAAUACAACCUAAGAAAGCAGAAUUUGACCUACUUUUUGGAGUUCAGUACCACCCAACAUUUGAGAUCCGUCUUCCUAUCAGCACUGUGGAAGUGGCAAUAACAGUUCAAGAUGAAAAACAUGUGGUGGUCUGGGAGUAUGUCGUUGAUCUGAACGAUCAGUCACAAAGUGAUGUCCCUUCAGGUGCCAGGGUCCGGUCAGAGAGGUCCAACCUGAAGAUAAACCUCCUGAAAAUCCUGGAUGACCUGAAUGAGGGCAAUUUUAACAGGUUUAAGUGGAUAUUGAAGACAUAUAACAUUCCCAUCAACGAAAAAGAAAAGAGAGAGAAUGUGGUGGAUCGGAUUGUUCAGCGUUAUAGCUCUGAAGGAGCUGUGGAAGUUAUGAAGGAAAUAUUGGAGCAUAUUAAAAGAAAUGAUCUUGUGGAGACACUGUCAUAAACUGAGCGCUGACUUCUCCUCCAUAUUUUAAAAGGGGGUUUCAUGCAGCAGUUGGAGAGAAUCUCUCAUCCAUCAAAUCUGAAAUACAGAUGUUAAAAACUUAACUUUCCUUUGAUAUUACUACCAUGCAGCAGCAAUUGACUGAGCUCAGAGGCAGUUACAGAGGUGGAACAGUCUCUCUCUCCACAUGCAUGAUGGUACUGUCCUUCUCCGAGCCAAAGUGGGGACUAUGUCAAAGGAGCUGGUUAUACUCGAGAAUAAAUGCGCGGAUCUGGAGUCCAAAUCUGGUCAUAAAAUAUAUGCAUUAUUGGUGUGCGUGAGGUAAACAUCCUUUCCACUGCGGACGUGUCCACGCUCCUGAGGGAAGCUUUCCAUUGGAGAAGAAGCCGCCUGUGGACAGAGCUCAUCAGACCUUGGUCUCCAAAUCAAUGUCCUCGCGCUAUUGGUAGUUGAGGCUGCACUACUAUGCGGACUGUGCCAAAACUCUCCAGAAAGCCAGGGAGUUUCAGCGGAUAAAAACAUGACCAUCUCUGUCUUCCUCAUCGAUACCACUAAGACGUCACGAGCUCCUGCAGCUUUUAAUGAGGUUCAGCGCCAGCUGCGAGGCAUCCAGGAGGUCCAGGAUGGCAUCCUUCACCUGGCCAAGUUACGCAUAAAUACGAAAGUGUGCAUACAUUCAAACUCCAAUAAUUAUGCAAUAAGGACACGGCAGGACAUUACUUAUCUUUGAGAUAGCAACUAAACCAAAUAAGUUCUCCUCUGUGAGUUUGUUUUACUGUCAAGCUAAUGUUUAUUCUAUGUUAUUUGUGCCUUACAUUUUAUGCUGAAAUUACUCAGUAGGAGCUUGUUUAGCUGGUUAUGGGUCAUUUGAUAGCCGGAAAUGUUUCUGUUCUGAAUGUAUGGGUUUGUGCACCACCGUUUCUAUCGCUUGGGGAUGGAGGCGUCCGCCAUGUGGGGGAAGGUGUGUUUGAUGUUUCAUUGUUUUUCUUAUUCUGAUGUUGCUCUCUUGUUUUUGUUUUGGUUGGUGAGUAUGCAAGAGUGUACUUUUUCUCCUUUUUUCUUUCUAUGAGGGCGAUUGAAAACAAACUAUCCCUUCCUUAUUUACCUUCAAUUAUAACUGCUUCAGGUCUAAACUUAAGAAAAUUCUGGUGGUAUUAGAUUCAUGGCUUGGAAUGUAAAAGGUAUUAAAAAAAAAACAUUAAACAAGCUAAAAUAAUUUCAUAUCUAAAACGUCUUAAAAAUUAUGUAAUGUUUUUGAAGAAAUUCAUUCAGGGACAGGAACGAUGUUAGAUUCGGGUGCCCAUGGGUGGGACAUGUAUUUCAGUUCAUAAGCCGGGUUCAAAAGCAAUAGGAGAUACCUGAUUGUUUUAGGCAGCAUUUAUAAUGUACCUGCCUUGCUAGUCAACGUGUUUGCUCCCAACUUUGAUAAUCCAGGUUUUACAGAUAAAGGAUUGAGCAGCCUCCCUUCCCUUGACCCUCAUCUUUUGAUAUUAGCAGGUGACCUGAACUGUGUUAUUGGUAACAGCUCAAACCCUGACCCAAUCCUCUAUGUCCAGGUCUAGUUCAGAGUUUAUGCUUCAGAAUGGCUUUGUGGGUCCUUGGAGGUUUUUUAAUCCAGCUACAGAAACAUAUAAUUUUUUUUUUGGGUACAUCAAUCUUUUACAUGUAUUGAUUAUUUCUUUGUGGAUAGUUCCUUUAUUUUAAAUUCACUGUCAACUGAAUAUCACCCAACUGUUAUUUCUGAUUAAGCAGCACUUAGUGUUGAUAACUCAGUCUUUCUUUCCAACACCCUGGAGGUUUUACCCUCUGCUGCACUCAGAUGAGGCAUUUGUUAUCAACUCCACGAUUGAUGAACAUAUAGCCUUUAAUGAAAGUGACACUGUCACAAGGUCAUUGCUAUGGGAAUCUCUUAAAGCGUGAACCAGAUCAUUUCCUUCUCUGUUUAUUUCAGUAAAGACCUUAGAGCCAAAUUUCAAAAUCGGUCUACACUCAUCAGUUAAAAUGUCAGGCUUCUUCUCGAUUAAUGCCCCACAUUAAGGACACAGCAGGCAACUUGGUU